AUGACUCCUACCACUCUACCGGGACGCCCGGGUAGCCUCACCCCGGAUCAAGAUGAAAAGCUGCGCGAGCUCUGGCUUCAGACUCUCGAUGUCUUUGGUGUCAUUAGCGGUGCUCGUCCGAGUCUCGAUGCUGCUCCCGCCGCUUCCACCCCUGCCGAUCCUAAGAAGAAGUCAAAGUUGUCCAUGUUCUCUCGCAAGAACAAGGAUGCCGACCACUCUGCAGAAAACACCGAUGACGAGAACGACAAGCACGGCCAGGCCAAGGAGUUCCGUCAAGCACUCCAAAACCAGAGCCCCGAGUCACUGCGCACUGCCUUCUGGGGCAUGGUCAAGCACGACGAUCCCGAUGCACUGCUCUUGAGAUUCCUUCGUGCUCGCAAAUGGGAUGUCCAGGCUGCUCUUGUCAUGAUGAUCUCGACUCUCCACUGGCGCUCUCAGGAAAUGCACGUCGACGACGACAUUGUCUACAAGGGUGAGGGAGGCGCUGUGGUCGACGCCAAAUCUGCCUCGAACGCGACCACAAAGAAGGAUGCCGAGGAUUUCCUCACCCAAUUGCGCAUGGGAAAGAGUUUCCUGCAUGGCGUCGAUGCUGAGGGAAGACCUGUUUGUGUCGUGAGAGCCAGACUCCAUCGUGCUGGCGAGCAGACGGAAAAGAGUCUUGAGAGAUUUACCGUUUACACUAUUGAUACUGCGCGCAUGAUGCUCAGACCUCCAAUCGAUACAGCUACCAUUAUCUUCGACAUGACGGGCUUUUCCAUGUCGAACAUGGACUACACCCCUGUCAAGUUCAUGAUCAAGUGCUUCGAGGCCAACUACCCAGAAUCCCUUGGCAGCGUCCUCGUGUACAAAGCUCCUUGGGUCUUCCAAGGCAUCUGGAAGAUCAUCCGUGGUUGGCUCGAUCCUGUCGUCGCUUCCAAAAUCAACUUCUGCUCGAACGUCGAAGAGCUCUCCGCUUUCAUCCCUAAGAGUCAGAUCUCGAAAGAACUCGGCGGUGACGAGAGCUGGGAAUAUCACUACGUUGAGCCCAGAGAGGGCGAGAACGACAAGAUGAAGGAUAUUGCAACAAGAGACAGAAUUGAGGCCGAGCGAAAGGAACUGGUGCAAAAAUACCAGACCGAGACAGUACACUGGGCAAAGGGUGAGAACAAGGGAGAGCAAAGGUCAGCGCUGAGACAGGACUUGCUGCAGAACUACUGGCAACUCGACCCCUAUGUCCGUGCAAGGACAUUGUACGACCGCAUCGGUGUCAUUGGGCAUGGAGGCAAGAUGGACUUUUAUCCAUCUGCUGUUUCGACCAGCAGUGCCGACCUCGACUAA